GAUCAAAACAAAUUGAAAUAUACCAUAGAUCAUAUCUAAGAAACUUUUCAUAGAAAUAAGCAUUCUUAUUCUUAGUUCAAUAAUUCACAUCAAACAUGGCAAAAUCCUCAUCAUUCUUCAUAACAUUUUUCAUCUCUUUAAUAUCCUUUGCCACUGCCACUAAAUACUAUCAAAGCCUAUCCCCAACAAUGUUAGGUUUUCAAGAAGAGAAAUUCACCCACCUUCACUUCUACUUUCACGACAUCGUCACAGGCCCAAAACCGAGCAUGGUGUUUGUAGCCGAACCUAAUGGAAAGGUAGAAAAUGCCCUUCCAUUCGGAACGGUUGUGGCGAUGGACGAUCCGUUAACGGCCGGACCCGAACGUGACUCGAAACUUGUCGGCAAGGCACAAGGAAUUUACACUUCUAUAUCACAAGAAGAGAUGGGAUUAAUGAUGGUGAUGACUAUGGCGUUUUCAGAUGGAGAGUUUAAUGGAAGCACCCUUAGCAUAUUGGGAAGGAACAUGAUCAUGAGUGAAACUAUUAGAGAAAUGGCCAUUGUUGGUGGAACUGGAGCUUUUCGUUUCGUACGUGGAUAUGCUCAGGCUAAGUUUUUUUCUGUUGAUUUCACCACAGGAGAUGCCACUGUGGAAUAUGAUAUAUUUGUGUUCCAUUAUUAAUCAUUUACAAAAUUAUUAUUCGGCAAAAUGGUGUAUGACAAAAUAUGUUCGAUGCUAACAAGAAGUUUUAUGUAUGUUGUGUUGAAACAUUAUAAGACAAUUGUUAGUGAUGUACAAGACACGAGACAACUAUGAUUUGAUGUCAAGAAUCGACGAAUGUGUCAUAUAUCUGUAUUUUAGGCAUAAUGUUAUUGUGAAGAUAUAUUUGAGUUAGUUUUGUUUAUUAAGCUUUUGUUCUGUGGUGAUUAAGCAUUAAUGUAAACGUAUGUUAUGGUUUAUUAAACAAUGAAACCAUGCCUUGUUUUUUUA